AUGUUCUCAUUGCGUCCACUUCUGAUUUUGAUGACUCGAAUCCAAAAAGAUCCAAUCAGAGAGGUCUAUUUAUUAUUUACUUCUUUACAAUUUCUGUCCAUGUUGAUAUUGACAGCACAACAAACAGGAAUGCCUUUCUUGGCUAGGUCUGCUAGUAAGAGUUCCAAGUUUCUUUCAACCACUAGCGUGUUCAUGAUGGAAGUUAUAAAAAGCUCAGCCUGUACCGUUCUUAUUUUGAAAAACUGUAAUUUCAAUUUCAAAGAAUGUUUUCAUAAAAUAUAUAGGUACACAUGGCAGAAUAAGAUGGAAACACUUAAGGUUUCCAUACCAGCCUUUGUCUACGCUGUUCAGAAUAAUUUGUUUUAUAUCGCUCUUGCCAAUAUUGAUGCAACCACAUAUAGUGUUACUUAUCAGCUACGUAUACUGACAACUGCCAUACUUUCAGUAUGUCUACUAGGCAAAAUGUUAUCGAGAAAGCAAUGGUUUGCUUUGACCAUUUCUUUGAUCGGUGUCGUCAUGGUUCAAAUGGACAAAUCUCCCACGAACUCAUCUGGUUCAUCAGGAAACAAACUUGUGGGAAUAGUGAGUGUUGUCUCUAUGUGUUGGACGAGCGCAUUUGCAGGAGUGUAUUUUGAGAAAAUACUCAAAGAUCCAACAUCAGAUAUGUGGGUACAGAACUUACGUUUAAGCUUAAUGACUCUUGCUUUUUCUCUUGCAACUAUGAUUAUUUCUGAUGGAGAAAAAAUUAAACAAGGAGGGCUGUUCCAAGGGUGGACUGACUUGGUAUGGCUCAUCACGAUUCUUAACGCAUUUGGUGGAUUAACAACUUCAUUAGUAAUAAAGUAUGCAGAUAACGUAAAGAAGACGUACUGUCAAACUAUAGCUAUAGGUAUCACGGCAGUCAUUUCCAUCAUGAUUGGCGAGCGAGUGCCAUCUGCUAUGCUAGCACUCGGUGUUUCACUGGUUAUUAUAUCAGUUUAUAUCUACACAUUUUAUCCCCCCAUCAAAGUCUACACCUUGCUUGAAAACAAGGACAAAGAUAUUGAACACUUGAUGGAUUAUGAUUCAGACCAUAGCUCCCAUGAAUGA